AGUGGAGGAAAGUUAUUGACCGAUUGUCAUUCCGUUGGGAGUUGUUGGAACCGCAGAUAUCUAUUAGUCGCAGUUCAAAUAGUUCAAGCCGGCAUAUUUGGUGUGCGAGUGGAAAUUUAUUUAAGCUGAAUAGUUGGAACGACUGAAGGAAUCAUAAUGUCGAUGACAGUAGAAGAAGCUAGAACUUCUCUCACGAAGGAACAAAUCAAUGAAUUCAAGCAAGCUUUUGACAUCUUUGAUCAAGACGGUGGCGGCGACAUCAGCACAAAAGAAUUAGGAAGAGUCAUGAAACUGUUAGGACAAACUCCAUCUAAAGAUGAACUAGACAAAAUUAUCGAAGAAGUUGACGUCGAUGGAAGUGGUACCAUUGAUUUUGAUGAAUUUUUGAUUAUGAUGGUUAUGCAAAUUGCCGAAGAAGGAAAGAAUUUGGGCGAGGAAGAAUUAAAAGAUAUUUUUAGACUCUUUGAUGUUAACGGUGACAACUUUAUUGAUUGGUCCGAGUUGAAAAAUGCUUUGAUGUCAUUAAAUGUUGAUCCUAAAGUUGAAACAUGGGAAGUGGAUGAAUUGUUCAGAGAUGCUGACAAAAACGGCGAUGGAAGCAUCGAUGUCGAAGAAUGGAGCAUAUGGAUGGACGGAGUACGAUAAAUUGUAAUAGUAAAUACUUAGAUUUACUAAAUGGAAAUUGCUAAAUUAUACUUGUUUAUCUACCAAAAUGUUCGAAAUGUGGCACGCAUGUGUUAUUUGCAACCGCAUUGGGUAUCAAAUUUUCCUUAGAUUCUGAUGAUUUGUUUUAUAUUUGUGACUGGCCCCAGCGUGUUAAAAUGAUGAUUGCUCUAUAAAAAUAAUAUCUUUGAAUUUUCUACAUUAUCUUCCGUACGACUUUGAAAUUAUAAUUAUAUUGUGGUACAUAUCGGAGUUAUACUGCUUUGGUUGAUGAAAAAAUUGGGGAAUAUAUACCCGAUGAAAUUUUAUUUAGUGUCCUUUGUUUGUCACUUGUCCGAAAAUCCUAUGUAAUAAAUUUGAAAACAGAAAAUUGAA